UGCUGGAAGGAGGGUUAGGGUUCUGGAGGUUCUGGAGGUUCUAGAUGUUGGUUCCUCAGCAGGAACAUCUGGGAUUAUUUGCGUGUAGCUCUGAAGCUAAGCAGCUAACAGGCUGCAGCUAGCUUAGCUUAGCUUAGCAUCCUCCAGGAUGGUUUAACACCGAGGAAAACACUUUUCUGAAGUUAAUCAACAAACGGAGAGAAAAUGUUUAUUUUCAGGUUCUCCUGGACUGGGAUGGGGUCCACGGCGGUCCACGGCGUCCAACAGCCUGCCAGGCUCACGCUGUCAUCUCUGCUCCUCGCCACCGCCCUGCUGGUGGCGGUUUGUGCCGAGGGGUCGGACUACUACCAGCUGCUGGGGGUGAGCAGGGAAGCUACAACCAGAGAGAUCCGACAGGCUUUUAAGAAGCUGGCGCUCACCAUGCACCCCGACAAGAACCCUGGCGACGCCUCGGCUCACGACAAGUUCCUGAAGGUGAACCGGGCUUAUGAGGUGCUGAAAGAUGAAGACCUGAGGAAGAAGUAUGACAAGUACGGAGAAAAGGGAUUGGACGAGCAGCAGGGAGGGCGCUACGAGAGCUGGAACUACUACCGCUACGACUUUGGCAUCUAUGAUGACGACCUGGAGAUCAUCACUCUGGACAGCGGCGACUUUGAAGCAGCAGUGAACUCUGGAGAAAUCUGGUUUGUCAACUUCUAUUCCCCUCGAUGCUCGCACUGCCACCAGCUGGCCCCCACGUGGAGGGAGUUUGCCAAGGAGAUGGACGGAGUUAUCCGGAUCGGAGCGGUGAACUGUGGAGACAACAACCAUCUGUGCAGGAGGAAAGGCAUCAACAGCUACCCCAGCCUCUACGUCUACAGAGCAGGACAGAGGCCAGAGAAGUUCACCGGGGAGAGGAAUAAAGAUGACCUGCUUCGCUUCUCCAUGCAGUUCAUCACCACUACAGUCACCGAGCUGUGGCAGGGUGAGCCCUUCCAGCUUUCUACCCAUAAUGCACCCUGCCUGGAGCAGGGGCUCCAUCUUCUGUUCAGUGUAGCUGCAGGUGUGGCUCUCAGAGCUUCUGCUGAUGUUUGAGUCAAAGUGAACAGA